CCGGGUAUUUUACAAAUAAUUUACUGAAUCAUCUACUUUUCGAGGAAACCUCGCACUUUGUACCUAAUAGUGCUAUUUGCAUUGAUAUUGCUCUGUAUAGGCAACUACAAGAGCUUAUUGGCCAAUCAUGGCAAACAAUGGGAACAAAUAUUUCGAUAAAUCUGUGCGAUCCCAAAGAUAACUUGAAAAGUAUUUUGCAGGGAUUAGGGAUACAAUAUAGUAUCGGUUUGCAGUUUGACCUUGCUAAAUUGUACCCAUCAGUAGGAUAUCCGGUCAGUCGUGGUACAUUAAUGAUAUCUCCACUCGUUAGGUGGGAACAUUCAUAUGACUGGUAUACAACACAUUUCAAAAUGCAUGAGAAGUUUACAGCCGAGGAAAGAAUGGUGGCGAUCUCCAUAGCAGAUGAAGAUUUCCAGUAUAUAAAAGGUCAUGUCAUUGAUGGCAGAAAUUUAUUUCCUGCAACAGGACAUUUAUGUUUAGUACGGGAAACAUUCGGAAUGAUGAUGGGAGAGCUCUACACAGAAAUCCAUUGUUAUGGAAAAUGUAAAAUUCAAUCGAACUACAUUAGUCCCCGAAGUGGAAAAAGUCGAAAUAAUUGUCAUGAUUCAGAAAGGCAGCGGCAAAUUCGAAGUUGUCGAAGAAGGUGCAACUAUUGUUACUGAUAAGAUUCUAUUAGUAAUAUCGAAGGAGACAAUAUUGAGUCAUAUAAUAAAGAGAAAUAUUAACAAGGAAGAAGAAGAAUUAGAUGGAAAAGAUAUAUAUAAAGAAUUGAAUUUACGUGGUUAUCAAUAUAACGGCCUCUUCCGAAGCAUACGCAGUGUGUCUGUUUCGAGAGAGAAAGGACAUAUACAAUGGAAAGGGAAUUGGGUAGCUUUCAUUGAUAAUAUAUUCCAGAUGAAAAUCUUCAAUUUAGAUACUAGAGAUUUAUUUGCGCUGAUUGGAAUUCAAAAAUUAGUAAAGGAUACUAAUGCUUAUCAACAAUAUCUUCAAAGUGUGACCAGUACUAAAAAAUAUAUAUUUUUGUACAAUUUUUCAAAAAUAUCGAUGUGAUUGCAGCGGUGGGUGUGGAAAUACAUAAACUUAGAAUUAGUAAGAUUUCCAGAAAGAGACCUAUCAGUGAUCCAGUUAUCGAAGAAUAUAAAUUCAUCGCUUAUCGUGACAAGAAGGAAACAUCAUUACGAGAAAUAUUAACGUUAUCCGUGCAUAUCACUCUUGAAAAUAUACCAAUGUUUAAGAUGAAGACAAUCGAACUUAUUGACGAUAAGGACAAUAUCUCAACCGAAGAAUUCGUCUCUCCAAUGAUCUUGGAUAUAUUAAAUAAUUUAUCUAUAGUGGAAGUUAACGUUAAUGUAUUCACAUCGAGAAACAAAGUGGAAGAUAUUCCUAAAGGUGUCAUUGUUGCAGAACCAAAUAUAAUAGAAACGGAUGACAUCGCUUCAUUCGCUAUUGGAUGCGGUUUGUUGACGAACGGAGAAAAGAACAGCUUGAAAAAACUUCUAAAAUUUACAAAAAAUGGAGCAUUUCUUUUAUCUCGUGAAAAAAGAAACAUACCAUUAGACCUAUCAAUUUUACAGGAAUUUCAAUUACGUAUAGUAUUAGAAAAAUGUACCUCCGAGGAAUCCUGGAUACUUUUCAAAAAGACAAAUAAAAUCCCGGAGCAGACCAUGAUUGUUAAUGUUAAGAGCAAUGAAUUUAACUGGUUGCAAAAAGUGCAAGCUAUACUUGAAAGAAAAGAAGAUGAGGAUAUCAGCAACACGAGAGUCAUACUCAUUGACGAAGGAAACUCGGAGUCCGGUCUCUCAGGAUUCAUUAAUUGUUUACAGAAGGAACCUGGUGGGAAUAUCUUUCGAGCUGUUUUAAUUCAAGAUCUUAAAGCCCCGAAAUUUUCUCUGAAAAUACCAUUUUACUCCGAACAACUCGAAACGGAUCUCGUUAUAAAUUUUUUACGACAAGGGAAUGUUUGCGGCUAAUAUAGGUAUCAGCUACUUCCAUCUCGCGAGCCGAAACUCACGUAUCACGCCAUUAUUAAUCAAGUGGUAUGAAUGAAAAUAUUUUAUCAUAUUAUUAGUAGCAUACAAUAAAGAAAAAAUAUUUUUAAACAGACACGCGGAGAUUUAAGUACGAUACGUUGGA